AUGUCGGUCGACAGCCAGCAGAAGCUCCUCGGGUCACAUCUGGAGGUUGCGGAUGAGAAGGUUUACAACAUAAUAGAAAAAGAGAAACGACGGCAGAAACACUUCAUCAACCUCAUACCUUCCGAGAACUUCACGAGCCAAGCAGUGUUAGAUGCAUUAGGCAGUGUCAUGCAGAACAAGUACUCCGAAGGCUACCCGGGCGCGAGAUACUAUGGCGGCAACGAGUUCAUUGAUGAGGCAGAACGAUUGUGUCAGCAGCGAGCACUUGAUACUUUCGGGCUGAAGGAGUCCGAAUGGGGUGUCAACGUACAGCCUCUGUCCGGCUCGCCCGCAAACCUAUACGCCUAUUCGGCAAUUUGCAACACGCACGACCGCAUAAUGGGACUUGACCUGCCGCAUGGUGGACACUUGUCGCACGGCUAUCAGACGCCAACUAGGAAGAUUUCGGCAAUCAGCAAGUACUUCGAGCAGCUGCCAUACCGGCUGGACGAGAAGACAGGCCUGAUAGAUUACGACAAAUUAGAGGAGCUGGCGAUGCUUUACCGGCCGCGCAUCAUUAUUGCCGGUACAAGCGCAUACAGCAGGCUUAUUGACUACAGUCGUUUCCGGCAGAUCGUGGAGAAGCUCGGGAACUGCUAUUUGCUGAGUGACAUGGCGCAUAUCUCGGGCUUGGUGGCUGCGGGAGUGAUACCGAGUCCGUUCGAGUACAGUGACGUGGUGACGACGACUACGCACAAGAGUUUACGGGGACCCAGAGGCGCUAUGAUUUUCUUCCGGAAGGGCACGAGACGGAUAGACAAAAAGACCGGUAUAGAGGAGAAGUACGAUCUGGAGAAUCCUAUCAAUGCAUCCGUGUUUCCGGGGCAUCAGGGUGGACCGCACAAUCACACCAUUACCGCUCUAGCAGUGGCGUUACAUCAAGCACAGCAGCCGGAGUUCAAAGACUAUCAGCGAGCUGUACUCGAGAACGCCAAAGCACUCGCGGCACGCUUGGGUGAAGGCAAGGACAAUGGCGGUCUAGACUACAACGUCGUCAGUGGCGGUACUGACAAUCACCUCGUUCUCAUCGAUCUGAAGAACAAGAACAUCGAUGGCGCUCGCGUGGAGCGAGUUCUGGAGCUCGUCGGUGUCGCUGCCAACAAGAACACCGUCCCUGGCGAUCUGUCUGCCAUGAAGCCUGGCGGGCUACGCAUGGGUACGCCGGCUAUGACGACACGAGGCUUCACGACGAGCGACUUCAAGAGGGUUGCGGAUGUGGUGCAUCGCGCGGUCAACAUUACGAAGAUGCUGGAUGGCAAGGCGGUAGAAGCGGCGGAGAAGAAGAAUCGAAAGAACCCGAAGAGCGUCAAUGCUUUCCGUGAGUACGUCGGUGAGGGAGAGGAAUGUGUUGAGAUUGUUGAGCUGAGACGAGAGGUGGAAGACUGGGUCGGCACAUUCUCCCUGCCAUGGGAUAGAGCGUCGUAG